AUGGGCAACCCAGCCAAAGACGGCCCUCCUCCAUUUCAGCCGAAUGAUGGGAUUCAAUCACACCAGUCUGUAGUUCAGCCACAACAUGUCCAGCCCAAUGCUUUCCGAACCCAGCUGGCAUGCGUCACGCUCAACCUAGGAGACUGCGUCCGCUUUAUUCGUUUCCCGCCCGAGGUCGUUGGAACUAUGCAGGGAGUUAUAAAUACCACCUGGCCAAAGGGAAUCCAAGCUGUCCGCGACUACGCCGGGUCGCGUGAGUUCAAGCUGCACGGCUACCCUUGGAGACCACAUUACAAAGGAAAUGAUGACUCUCGACAGCUCGUUCUCAAGAUUAUCGAGGCGCUGCAUGACAUCGGGUGGGUGCUACAUGCAGCCGCAGAUCUGAGCAAAAAGCAGACCGCCAGAGAAGCCCACCGCCGCCUCCCAGCGAUUGGAUCUGCAUAUCGCCUUACCGAUUUGACCGACUGA